AUGCAUGUAAAUGCCUCUCUUGACGGUGGAGCUUCUUGUAUGUACGUAUAUUUUAUUUUUUGUGCAUUUGUGUUUGCUUCUGGAGAGGGUGAGUUGACAGAUUGGAGAGUAUACCUGGGAGGAAGAAACAUGCGGAGGCCUCUCUCGGACGAAGAGCGUGCGGCGAAGGAGGCCCGCCUGGCGGAGCUUCGUCGCCGAGUGAAUGCGCGGGACGGUGACUCGUCCUCGUCGGCGGCGGUUCCCGAUCAACCCCACAACACUUACGCCUCCGAGGACGCACAGGAUAGCGAUGAUUACGAUGACGAUGAUGAAUUCUUCCAGGAGGCAGAGCGGGCUCAGAAAGGCACGGCAGGCGUCUGCAUGUACGCGAAGCCAAUGGGUGAGUUGAUGGGAGAGACGGUGGAGACGGGGCCGAACGCCAGGCGGUGCACCGUUGGCGACUUUGAACUGCUUCGCCUGGCGAAGAUGGGGGAUCUCCUUUCCUUCAAGGAGUUCUCGGCUAUCGUCGGUAUUGACCCCACUGCCUUUCAAGACAAUCACGGACGAAAUGCACUUCAUUACGCGGCAGACAGUGGGGGUAUUUCGAUGCUUCAGUACCUAAUAGAGAAGAAGGUGCCAUUUACAAGGGAUGAGAAGAAAAUGACACCUGUUGACAUCGCCGUGCUGAAUCAACACAAGGACGCCGCAAGGCUGUUGACCGAAAAUUUUUCCGAAGCGGCCGAGGCACUGAAAAACUAUGAAGAAGCCCUUGAGAUUUUCACGCAGCCGCCGCCGAAAUUCACGAUGUCGAAGCCCGCCCCGCCUGUCCCGAAGGAAUCACGUCCCCGCGUCUUUUGGAAAGAUGGGGGAGCUGGUGCCCCUGACACCACGAGAACGAAUGGUGCGGACGCAGCUCCUUUUACGGUCUCGCAGCUUACGGAUGCACAUCACGAUCAGGUUGUGAGCGCCCUGGGCGGUGUGGUCCUGACGUACGAGAGCCACGGGUUUCACAAUUGGCUCCCACCCGCAGAGACCAAAACGCUGACUGCGACA